AUGAAUCUAACCUCUACGAUCCAGGUGUCAAGUUACCCCAUUCUUAGAGCCAUCUAUAACCUCACGCUCCACCCCCUUAGAGAUUUUCCCGGACCAAUCCUAGCCUUGUGUUCCCCAGUCCCGCACUUCUACUGGAUCUAUAGUGGUACCUUCCAUUCGAAGAUCCUUAAUCUUCACAACAAAUAUGGCUCUGUUGUCCGCGUCUCCCCAAGCAUACUUCUCUACAACAGCCCCCAAGCAUGGAAGGAUAUCUGUGGCCACCGUAAACUAGGUGAUCUUUCGUUCGAAAAGGACCGUGAAUGGUACCCCAUUGGCCCCAGCGGAGUCUCCAUUGUCAAUGCCAUGGAAACUGAGCACAGCCGCAUGAGACGUCUACUGUCGCACGCCUUCUCGGAGCAGGCAAUGCGAGAGCAAGAACCUCUAUUACAAUCCUAUAUUGACUUACUUAUCCGUCGCCUCCACGAACAUUCCACCCGUACAGCAGACCCUGUAGACAUGACCCAAUGGUUCAACUACACCACCUUCGAUAUCAUUGGCGACCUCUCCUUUGGCGAGUCCUUCGACUGUCUAAAAACCAGCAAAUACCACCCUUGGGUCGAAUUUACCUUUCGUAGCUUCAAAGCAUCUGCGCUCAUGCGUCCAUUCCUCGCACUGCUUCCACCAUGGCUAUUCGAGCUUCUGUUACCUCAGAAACUACAAAGAAUGAUCGAGGAUAACUUCUAUAUCUGCAAGGAGAAGGUUGCCCGUCGUCUGAAGCUCCAGACAUCCCGUCCGGACUUUAUUAGCUAUAUCCUCAAACAUAACGACAACGACAAGCGUCGCAUGUCUCGGGAUGAAAUUGAGGUGAAUAUGGCCCUAAUUAUGGUGGCUGGUAGUGAAACUAUUGCUACUCUUCUGUCCGGUUGUACUUUCCUUCUUUUGCAACAUCCUGAGGCAUAUCGCCGUCUCACCACCGAGAUCAGAACGUCUUUCUCGAGCUAUGAGGAUAUCAAUUUUGUCUCUGCCGCCAACCUACCAUAUCUCAGUGCAGUCCUCGAAGAAUGUCUACGCAUGUAUCCGCCUGUUCCAAGCGUUCUCCCGAGAAAGGUUCCUAGUGGCGGAGCGAUAAUUGAUGGGAGAUUUGUUCCCGGGGGUACAACAGUCUCAAUGGCCUAUCUAUCUGCUUUCCGCUCAAAAGCAAACUUUGCUGAACCAGACUCAUUUCUUCCGGAAAGAUGGCUUGACAAGGGGAGUCCUCGAUUCGCUGCCGACAAACGGGAAGUCCUGCAGCCAUUUUCAUACGGUCCAAGGAAUUGUUUGGGAAAGAAUCUUGCGUAUGCGGAAAUGCGUCUGAUUGCUGCUAAGCUAUGGUGGAGUUUCGAUAUCACGGCCGCUGAGGAUAUCGACGGUUGGAUGGAUCAACAGCGGUCGUAUGCUAUCUGGGAAAAGUAUCCGUUGAUGGUUAAGAUGACGGUUGUUCAGCGGUAA